GUACUCAAUAUUUCUACCGUGUGGUUUCUUCGAAUAUUGAUUUCAUAAAUGGAUCGACCAUUUUUGACUAUUAAAGAAGCAGCCGAUUUGGCAAAAGAUUUAUUUGGUGUGCACGUUGAUUUAACGUCAAAUGAAAACGUAAAAGAGUUUGAAUGCUACGAUGAUCGUAAUUUUUAUAUCAAUGGCUCUAAAAAUGGCAAAUUUGAAGAGUAUUUGCUUAAAAUAUAUGGUAGUUGCUUUAGCGAAGAUUUAGUGCAUGCUAUUAUUAAAGUCAUGCUUUUUGUGCAUGAUGCUGGAAUUGUUUGUCCUGUUCCUUUGAAAUCAAUGAACGGUGAUUAUGUUGUGCCGAAAAUCUUACCACAAACUCCUAAACCUAAGGAAGCCAAGAAAGCGAAACUCGAAAUAAAAAACGUCAUUUCGUGUUUUGUUUGUUUUUUCACAUUCUUGCCUGGCAAAACGUUGAAGGAUUUUAAAGUUGAAGGAAAUUCAGUUCAAGACCAAUUAUUUUACGAAGUAGGCGAGUUAACGGGUAAUUUAUGCAAUGCGCUGAAGAUCAAACCAAAACUUGCAAUCCUUCCUAAGCAAUGUAUCCACGGUGAUAUUAAUGAUGGCAACAUUCUUGUGGAGAAGUUACCACAUAAGUUUACUUUGAGUGGAAUCAUUGAUUUUGGUGAUGUUAACUACACUUGUCGAGUUUUGAGAUUGCAAUUGCAGCUGGAUACAUGA